AAGUCCCGCCCCACGGCGACGUGAGACGUCAGAGUCGCCAUGGCCAGCUACCCCUACGGGCAGGGCUGCCCAGGAGCUGGAGGACAAGCACCCGGAGCCCCUCCGGGUAGCUACUACCCCAGAAUCCCCCAUGCUGGAGGGCAGUAUGCUAGCGGGGUACCCCCUGGUGGCGGAUAUGGAGGAGGUCCUGCCCCUGGAGGGCCUUACGGACCACCAGCUGGCGGAGGGCCCUAUGCACACCCCAACCCUGGGGGGCUCCCUUCUGGAACUCCGGGAGGACCAUAUGGUGGCGCGGCGCCAGGGGGCCCCUAUGGACCACCACCUCCAAAUUCCUAUGGUGCCCAGCAUCCCGGGCCUUACGGACGUGGAACACCUCCUCCAGGUGGCACCCCUCCCAAUGUGGAUCCCGAGGCUUACUCCUGGUUCCAGUCAGUGGACUCCGAUCACAGUGGCUAUAUCUCCAUCAAGGAGCUGAAGCAGGCCCUGGUCAACUCCAACUGGUCCUCGUUCAACGACGAGACAUGCCUCAUGAUGAUAAACAUGUUUGACAAGACCAAGUCAGGCCUCAUUGAUGUCUACGGUUUCUCAGCCCUGUGGAAGUGCAUCCAGCAGUGGAAGAACCUCUUCCAGCAGUAUGACCGGGACCACUCGGGCUCCAUUAGCUACACAGAGCUGCAGCAAGCUCUGUCCCAGAUGGGCUACAAUCUGAGCCCCCAGUUCACCCAGCUUCUGGUCUCCCGCUACUGCCCGCGCUCCGCCAGUCCUGCCAUGCAGCUAGAUCGCUUCAUCCAGGUGUGCACCCAGCUGCAGGUGCUGACCGAGGCCUUCCGGGAGAAGGACACAGCUGUGCAGGGCAACAUUCGGCUCAGCUUCGAGGACUUCGUCACCAUGACAGCUUCUCGGAUGCUAUGACCAGCCCAUCUGUAAAGUGGGGAGUGCACCAAGGGACUUUUCCUAGCUCCUAGGGUGGGAGAAGCAUGUGGGCCUCUCUUCAUUUCCUGCCCUCCCUAGAAAAAGAAUUCUCCCUUGCCUGAUUCAGCAUUGUUCCCAAAGAGGGCUGGGAGUCUGUAUCAUAGCCACCAAGUAGUGGGGACCUGGGCUGAGGCCACACAGGUAGGGGCCUGACCUAGGAGAGGACUGGAAAUUGAAUGUCCUUUUACAUCCCUGAGUAUUUAAAUGGCACAGCCUUGCGCCAGGUGCAAGAGAUGCUGGUCAUUGCAAUGGCGUUAGUGUCCAGUCCUCUAGCUUUUCCUUCCAUGCCCUGACGCCAGUGGUAAGUGUUCAUCAGCCUCUUACCAUUAGCACCUGUGUUCCCUCACCCAUGCUGUCUUGUCAGAUGAACCCAGUUUCUCCAAAAUGGAAUCUGACCAGGGUGAGAGAUUUGCCCAUGGGACCGGUGGCUUGGAUUCCACCCCCCACAAGUCCAUGUGUGUUGACUUCUAGCUGCCUGCUCAGGGAGCUUGGGCAGUCUGCUCUCUGGGCAUCUUUGGCCAGGCUACCCCUCUGCAUCUUGGACCCCUCAUACUUGCCUGCCAUCCUCUGCUUGGCUUCAGUCCCCAGGGGACAAGUUGCUACCUCCCACUGCCAAUGCUUUUUUUUUUUUUUUAAUUUGUGGUUUUUUUCAUUUGGGGCCAAAAGUUUGGUGCAACUGUAAGCUUCAAUACACGAAUAAAACUCUAUAGAGUUGCACAUUUUCCACCA